AUGACUGAUGAAUUAGUGGAGAUGACAGAAGGAGAAAAAUUGUUAUUGAAAAGGGAGCAACAACGUAAGAAGCGUGAGAGUCUUGCUGCGUUUCGAGUUCAGGAACUGCAUCGCAAAAGAAAAUAUCACGAUGAAAAGCGAAUAGAAAAAAUGAAGAAUAACUCAAACACUUUAAACGAUAUUGUUGAAAAAUCACCAUCAAAUGUUGAUAUUGAAGAACCGUUGAGUAAAAGACGAAAAUUAAAUAAAAAUAUUAAUGAGGGAUUAAUAGAACCUGACAGUGAAAUUGCAAAAAAUUGUGAAGCAGUAAAUGUUAAUCCUGAAAACACGAAUAAUUUAAAAGUACAAGUUUCGAAAGAUCACUCAUUUAAUGAAAAUGGAGAACACUCUUGUCAAUAUGAGAGUCAAAAUGAUUCAAAUAAGCUAAUCAUAUCAAAUCCUGAUCUCGAUAGGACGAAGUCUUACAAAAAUAAGAAGCAAAAUAUUAUUGAACGCCUAAAUAAAACAAUCAAACUUACAAGAGCUAGAGAAGAAAAAUUACGUCGCGAAAAUAAAAAACUGAAUGAAGUUAUAAAGAGGAAAAAUGCAACGAUAAGUAAAUGGAAAAUGAAAUAUCAUAGGUUACUAAAUAAAAAUGAAGAUAAUGUCCUAAAAAGCGUUAAGAAAAUUGAGCAUAAAGGGUCCAAGGAAAUUAGAAAAAAAUUGUUCCUUCAUGAGGCAUUUAUUCAACAAUUAAAAGAAAAACAAUUGUCAUUGAAGGGCGAGAAAGAACGAUCAGUUUUCUCACAAUGUUUAGCAGGCAAAGUGUUAAAGAAAUACAGACUCAUGAAUAGCAUGAAACACUUAGUCUCUACAAAGACUCAAAAGAAAUACGCAAACUCGAAAUCACUUAAUUUUGAAAAGUCUCGUACUAAAAAAAUUGCUACAAAAGCACAAAUACUGGAACGCGUUCAAAAAUUUUAA